GUAAACCAUUACCGUCCCACCCCGCCCUGUCAGUUUCCUGACAAAAUGUUUGUUUUGCCAAAAAUACACUUCCUGAUUUAAUCGGGUUAUUUGACAACCUUAAAGUCAACAAAGAGUGAUCUGACUGUAACUCCAGAGAGGAUAGAGAUGGCAGAGUGUUCAAGUCAGAACUGUGGUGAGACCCCUGAUUAUAAAUUAGUCCCUCACAGGGGAUUUAACUUGAUAUCUGGAAUCCACUCUCCUGAAGAAGUGGAUAAAAUUCAGAACUGGGAGAUUCGAGACUCGGACAUCUUUGUCAUUACGUACCCCAAAUCAGGCACAAUUUGGUUACAGCAAAUCCUCAGUCUAAUUGAGGUUAAGGGAGAUGUCACAGCAACAAAUGAUCAGCUGACUUCUGAGCGCAUUCCAUGGAUUGAACUGAUUGGCAGUCAGACAAGGUUUGAUUCUGCCCCCUCUCCUAGGAUCCGUGUAUCUCACCUUCAGUACAAAUUCAUGCCACUUGGACUCAAAAACAAGAAGGGCAAGGUCAUCUAUGUGGCCAGAAAUCCAAAAGAUGUUUUGGUGUCCUAUUUCCAUUUUCACAAGUAUGCUACCAUGCUGGAGACUCCGAAAGACUUUGAAUCAUUUUUUGAGAAAUUCAUGGAAGGAAAUGUUUAUGGUAAUUGCUGGUUUGAGCAUAUCAAGACUUGGUUUUCCAACAAAGAAGAGAUGAACUUCUUGUAUAUUACAUAUGAGGAAAUGAUCAAGGAUUUACGGUCAGUGGUUGAAAGGAUCAGUUCGUUCUUGGGGAAGAGCUUGACACCACAGCAAGUGAAUGAUGUUGUACAGCACAGCACUUUCAAAAAUAUGAAGAACAAUCCUCAAGCCAAUUACAAGCUGGUUUCCCGCAGCCUACUGAACCACCAACAGGGGUCAUUCCUGAGAAAAGGAACCAUUGGUGACUGGAAGAUCUACUUCACUGUGGCGCAGAAUGAGAGAUUUGACAGAGUUUACCAACAGAAGAUGAAAGACGUUCCUCUUUCUUUCAUCUGGGAUACAAGUGAUCUCAUCACAUCAUGAUUUGUUUUUAUUCACUUUCAUCUUGUGUAACAACAAAUAUUUAUGCCUAUGGUUUAAAUUCAGAAAGUGCGUACCCAAAUAAAUUAACCUUUUUAAUAUUAAGUAUGAAUGAAAAUGCUUCAGUAUUUGAUACAAAAUGAAGUAGGACUUGCUAGUACUUUGUCUAGGCCACAACAGGUGAAUAUAAUGAAGCGAUUGUAAACACCUUAUUAAUCAAAUACCAAAAUUCAGGAUAUUUACAAUGGGAAGUCCAAGGCUGCACAGACAUAGAUAAUCAUUAAAUGUCUCACUGCUGCAAAGUAAUAUAAGAGAAGCUGUUUAGGAAAAAUGCUAAAUAAAAGCUCACUCAAUAUGCAAACAUAUUUAAUAAAAACCAACAUAUAUCAGAAACUGAAAGGCAAUAGUCUUCAAUCAAAUUUUAUGAAUUUCCAUUUAUUUUUUUAUUUUUUAUUUUUUGUAAACUGUUAUAAAAUAUACUUCAGAUGUGCUUGGACAUCAACAUUUCUAAACAUUUUUUAUAUUUUGUAUGGGCUUUUUGCUUAUACACAGUAUAUACUGUAUACAUUAUUUAGUACUGCCCCUCAGAAGCUACAUAACUACAGCCAAAAUAAAGGCUUACUAGGAAUACAAGCUAAUCUAUAUGGAAGCCCAGGAGUACCAUUUACAAAUGAAGGAAUGAAGGAAUAAAUUAUCAAUCUAUUAAUUUGAAAAUUUAAAAUGUGAAUAAACCAAUUUAUAAAUGGACAAAUAAUUGACACAUUUAAAUGUGAAUAAAUAAACCAAUUUAACACAUUUAAAUGUUUAUUUAAUUCAUGUUUUAAAAUGUACUUAUAGCAAUAAAACAGCACAUUAAUAAGUCAUUUUUAAAUGCACCGUUUAAAUUGCGUUUUAAAAAGCAUUUGGCAAUUGCUUUUCUUCAUUCAUUUGCCAGUUGCUUUUCUUUAUUAUUUGACUUUUCCUUUUCUUUUACCAUUUGUCAGUCCAUACCAGCUGAAGCCCAGGAGUGCCAAUUAAAAAAGAAUGAAGGAAUAAAUUAUCAAUCUAUUAAUUUGAAAAUAAAAACUUGAAUAAGUCAGUUUAUAAAUGGACAAAUAAAAAGACACAUUUAAAUGUGUUUAUUUAAUUCAUGUUUAAAAAUGUAAUAUUUAACAAUAACAUUGUGCAUUAAUAAAUCAUAUUUAUUUCAUGUAUAAAUGUCAUUAAAUGUAAAAAAAUUUUUUACAUUAAUGAGUCUUUUAAAAGCACCUUUUAAAUUGCAUUUUAAAAAGGUAUUUGGCAAUUGCUUUUCCUCAUCCAUUUUCCAAAGGCUUUUCUUUUUCGUGUUGCUUUUCCUUUUAUUUUUAUUUUCCUUUUCUUUCUCCAAUUGAGAAUCAAGUAAAAAAAAAAAUGCCAUUUGACUGUUGACUCUGAGAGCAACCAAUGAACUUUCAACUCAGUUAUAAGACACACCCCCUCUCCCAUGUGCCACUCGAAGAAGAUGUAAGAUGGCCUGUCAUUGGACGACUGUACGAGCAGUUUACAUAAUAUUAUUGGAUCUGUGAAUCCUGCAUAUCAGAAAGAGAUGUGAAGCAUAACAGAAGUUAAUGGUGGCUCGUUCACUGUUGCUGUGAAAUGCUAAACGUGGCCCUACCUGAGCAUGUACAGUGAUAUGUGUUCAGGAUGGGAGCUGGUAAUCGUGAUGCUGUCAACAGAACCAGCCUCCCGACCAGCAGCCCGAACUGAAACGUGCGCAUCAACCGCCAUUUGCCUCACCCUACUUCAUCGCUUGAGGUACAGAUGAAGAAUACCGCCAGAUUCUCUACUAAAACACCUCCAUGAAGUUGGCACCCCAUAUAAUUAAAUCUUUACCAAAUCUAUACCAUUCAAAAAUGAACAUUUGUGCUGGUUCGGUGUUUGAGAUAAUAUAAUUAUUAUUUUUUGGCUGUGUGACAUCACUUUCCACACCAUGAGGUCCAAACCAUUGCCAUUUGUUUGUGCUGAUUUGUGCCAUUAAAAGAAACACUGCAACUAUUUCCCUUCCUUAGAUAUAGCAAGAAACUUUUCGGGAACAGUGACGUCACUCCAAAUUGUUCUGUUCUUUUGUGAUGAUUUAUGCCGUUAAAAUUAAUCUUGUAUCUAUUUCCUUUCCUUAGAAAUAACAGCUUGUAUUUGGGAGCAGUGACGUCACACUCCACCCUAUGUGGUCCAAAUCUCUCCGAACUGGUGUUGUUCGUUUGUGCACGAUUUGUGCCGUUAAAAGAAACAUAACGUUUUCCUUUGUGUUUAACAAGAUAGAUUUUGGGAGCCGUGAAAUCACGCAGGCUAAAACCCAUGUCAGUCACUCUCACCUGUCUCCAUCGUUUGUGCUCGCUUCUUGUUUGUGCCGUGUUUGGUAUUGUUGAACCAUACAUUUUUGGCAAAGAUUUAAUCUUUCACCCUUUUAAACUCAAACACAUCUCUCUUUCUCUUUCAGGAAAUAUCAGAUUUGGUCUGAUAUUUAAACCAGGGAUGAAAACUACUCACCUUUCAGCUAAAGUCACCUUUUCUGAAGCUAAUUUGCCCAAAUUGUUUGGUAAAAUUUCUAAAUUGUCCUAAUUAAAAUCCCUUUAAAUGGUUACUUUAAGCCUAAAAACUUAAAAAACUUUUAGAAAGUUAUUCUAGAUUUAUCUACAGUAAUAGCAAAACAUAGCAAGAUACAAUACAAAUCAAAUAAUAUAUCUUUUUAAAGUUAAUAAAUUAAUAUAGUAAAUAAAAUUAAUAUUAAGGACAUAUAAAUAUAAAAUAAAUGUAGCCUACACAACCAUUCCAAAAGGACACUUAGUAAGUUUGUUUCUCAUAAGCUUAGAACCUUUUGAUCUAAAGGCUUAGGUCAAACACUUGGGAAUAUUUCUGUACUCGAAAAUAAAUUGUGCCUAAUUAUAGAUGUCUAUACAAACCUUUUAUUUAUUUGUUUUAUUUAUUUAAAAGUAUUUUAUUUUAUUUUUUUAAGAAAAGUAGCCAACAAGUGUCCAGCAUAUGAAAUCAUUCAAUACUGUUUAAAAAGCAUCCCAGGAUGCACCUGAAGUUGUCUGAGAAAAUGAACAGAGUGUUCAGAGCUGGAAUAGACAAAAGGCUACACUGAAGAAGUUCAAAUAGAAGAUGUUUCUGAUUUCAUUUGUUUUGGUCACUGCAGAAUUUCCAUACUUUUGUGUUACUUCUUAGUUUUGAUGACUUAAUAGCCUACUCUAAAUUCUAAAAUGUGCAGUAACAAAUAAUAAAGAAUAGGCAAGUGUGAUCAAACUUUUCUACAGAGUUCUAGUCUUACACUGAGGGGCCGUUCACAUUGAGCACAUUUUUGUGUCCAUCCGUGCUGUUUUAUAAUUUAUUUCAGUGUAAACGGGCACUAUAUAGACAUCUUUGAUGGCUUGUUUGUGGUUUUAGAUGCCAUGUCAAGUUAAAGGAGAACCUAAACUGUUCAACGAACAUCUACGAGACACCUAUGUGUUGCUCUUUUGUGGUGCUGCGUGUAAUUUUAGUGCAACAACACCACAUUACAGCAUGUGAACAGCACCUAACAUGAUUUCAAACAUGCUGAAAUUUCAAACAAAUAUUUUGAAUAUUAGCUACCAUAUUGGCCUAUGCAAUUACACAAACACCGUCAAUGCAAGUCGCCCCAGCUUCUAGCAGAAUUAAAACGAAUACAAGCAAAUUCAGAGCUGAAAACUGUGGCUGUUUACUUGCAAAAAAAUUCAGAAUAAUGAACCUAUAUAAUCAUGAUGUACAGCUUUGUUCAGUAGUCUCACAUAUAGCCUAUAAACAAAUCAUAAUUUGCAGCAUAAACAAAGACAAUUUUUGUUGUUGUAUUUAUAGUUUGAUGGGGUGAAAGAUUAAUCUUUGCCAAAAAAUGAAUGCUAAUACCAAUACAAUACCAAACACGGCACAAACAAGAAGUGAGCACAAAUGUUGGAGACAGACAGAUUCAUUAAUGUACUCAUCUAUUGCUACAGUUAAUGACAUUUUAAACAUGAUGUAAAUAUGAUUUAUUAAUGCACAAUUUUAUUGUUAAAUAUAAUGACAUUUUAAAACAUGAACUAAAUAAACACAUUUAAAUGUG